AUGGGCGCCAAGCAAAAGGGCGGUGGCUCGAAGCCAAAGAAUACUGCAGAGGAGGUUGAAGAGACGCUACAGGCUGUGGUGCUUGCAGAUACCUUCGAGACCAGAUUCGAGCCUUUCACUCGCGACAAGCCACGGUGUCUGCUCCCUCUCGCCAAUACCCCUCUCAUCGAAUAUACUCUCGAGUUCCUAGCCAAUGCUGGCGUCGAGGAGGUGUUCCUCUACGGCGGUGCUCAUUCAGAUCAAUUAGAGAAAUACAUCAACGCCUCGAAAUGGAGAGCUCCAUCCUCGCCCUUCAAGCAACUGACCUUCCUCAAGUCCACCUCUACCUCCGUCGGCGAUGUUAUGCGUGACCUCGACGGCAAGCACCUCAUCACCGGCGACUUCAUCGUUGUGAGCGGCGAUGUUAUCAGCAACCUGCCCAUCGAGAGUGUCCUGUCCAAGCACCGCAAACGCCGCGAGGCCGACAAGAACGCCAUUAUGACCAUGGUCCUGCGCGAAGCGGGCCGUAACCACCGCACGAAAUCCUCCUCCAUCUCCCCCGUCUUCGUUAUUGACCCGACAAAGGACCGCUGCCUGCACUAUGAGGAGAUCGACCACCACUCCGAUGAGCACCCGGCACGAUUGAACAUCGAUACCGAAAUCAUCCUGUCCACCCCCGAGUUAGACAUCCGCCAAGAUCUGAUCGACUGCAGCAUCGAUAUCUGCACCCCGGACGUGCUGAGCUUGUGGUCCGACAGCUUCGACUACCAGUCGCCCCGCAAACACUACUUGUACGGUGUCCUGAAGGACUACGAACUGAACGGCAAGACUAUCCACACCCACAUCAUCAAAGAGGACUAUGCCGCGCGGGUACGCAACCUGAAGGCCUAUGAUGCAAUCAGCAAGGAUAUUGUUUCGCGCUGGACUUACCCCUUAUGCCCGGACACAAAUCUUCUCCCCGGUCACACCUACAACCUCCGCAAGGGCAACUUGUACCAGGAACAGGGUGUAACGCUCGCUCGGUCGUGCGUGCUCGGCCGGCGCACUGUCAUUGGGCGGGGUACUAGCAUCGGCGAUCGGACGACGGUCCACAGCACAGUUCUCGGCCGGAAUUGCAAGAUCGGGAAGAAUGUCAAGCUGGACGGCGCGUAUAUCUGGGACAAUGUUGUGAUCGGGGAUGGCACCGAUGGCGCGCUUCUUUCUUAUGGUGUCAGGAUCUCGGACGGUGUGAAGGUUGAGAGUGGCAAGCGCAUAACCCGGUCUCGGCCGGACGGGAGUGCGGGUCCCAGUGACCCGGAGGUAGUCGGAGAGGGCGGCGAGGGAUACGAGUUUAUUCCUGGGGAGGACGAGGAUGAGGAUGAGGAUGAUGUCAGCGUCGCCUCGUCGGGGCUGGUGUACCGGAUGCCAGGUCUUUCUCUGUCGAAUGCCUCGAUUUCGACAUUGUCCUCUGAGAUUUCCGAGAGCUCUUGGCCUCGCUCUGGCCGCAGCAGUUUCUCCGAUGGCGAAGAGCAGGAUAACUUCCACCACGAUGCCUCCGUCAGCGUCUUUGACAGUCUGCGGGACGGCGUGUCCGCGGACGUAGUGCAGCUGGAGCUGGUCAGUCUGCGUAUGACAGCCAAUGCGUCGGACGUCCAGGUCCGCCGGGCCGUGGUAUCAUCAUUCAUGAAGUACAUCCAGCAACUGAUGGAGGCCGGCAAGGGAGCCAACGAGGCCGUGAAGGAAGUAUUCACCAAGUACCGUGAGGUCGUAGAGCGCACGCUAUUCGACCGGAACAAAGGGGUGAAGAAGGACCAAGUUGACCUGCUGCUCCAGCUGCAGCAGGACCUGGUGCACCGCAACAAGGGUGCCAGCGUGCUGCUCUUCACCGCGAAAGAGCUUUAUGACCUGGAACUGGUGGAUGAGGAGGCCUAUGAGCAGUGGUGGAACGAUGAGCGGUCCAGCAGUACUGAGGAGAUGCGGACAGUCCGGACUCAGACGCAGCAGUUUGUGGACUGGCUGGCAAAUGCUGAGGAGGAGGAGAGCAGUGAGGAUGGGGACGAGGACGAGGAGGAGAGCGACGACGAUGACGUUGUGGCUCACUGGCUCACGACUCCCGUCGCUUCUGGGGGUUUUUUUGUACCCUGCCCCUCUUAUUUCCCUCUGCCUAAACCCUUCCCCGCCGGCACCUCUGCCGCCCCCCUUUUCACAACGCCUCCCUCUACGCGAAAGAGAAAGGCGGCUGAGGCGGCGAUUGCGGACGACGACCAGCCUCUUCCCAAAGCCGCCACCAAGGCUGCCCACACACGGAACGCCACUGCGUCCGACCCUCGGUCACGCACCAAGCCGGCUUCCACCUUGACAACCUCCCAGGACCAGGAUCAGGACCAGGAGCCGGAGAGGGGCAGCUCGACCAGUUUGGCCAGCCUUAACCUGAAGCAGGCACGGAUCGUGACGCCUGCGACGACCACGGGCAGCAUGGACUCGGACGAUGAUUUUCUGAGCGACGUGUCGAGCCCCGAUGACUUCCUCGACACGCAGGGCAGCGAUGACGAGAGCUUGGGUGAAGAUUUCGGUGACCUCGACGCCGGCUUUUCAGAUGAUAAAGAUCUCCUCAAGCAAAAACGCAAACCCUAUGAGGUCGAGUUUAAAGUCUUAGACCCCGCCGAUAUCGAGCGCGAGCAGCUCGUGCAGAUCAACGAGGUCUCCGCUAUCCUGGGCCUGCCGCCAGAGUCGGCCGCGAUCCUGCUGCGGUUUGGUCGGUGGAAGCAAGAGAGACUGAUCGAGGAGUAUAUGGAGCAUCCGGAAGAGACGCUCGAGGCCGCCGGGCUCGGGACAAACUUCGAGUGCACGGCGAGGACUGAAUUCAUCCCCGGCUUCAUGUGUGACAUCUGCUGUGAGGAUGGGGAUGACCUGGAGACCUAUGCGAUGCGCUGCGGGCACCGCUUCUGCGUAAAUUGCUAUCGGCACUACUUGGAACAGAAGAUUAAGGAAGAAGGCGAGGCAGCUCGUAUUGAAUGUCCUGGCGAGAACUGUAAUCGCAUCGUGGACUCGAAGUCACUCGAUCUAUUGGUGACCGAUGACUUGAAGGAACGAUACCGCACGCUGCUCACUCGAACCUACGUGGAUGAUAAAGAUAAUCUUCGAUGGUGCCCAGCGCCUGAAUGCGUGUAUGCGGUCGACUGCCCCGUUAAACCGCGCGACCUCCGUCGCGUCGUGCCCACGGUGCGAUGUUUCUGUAAACAUGAGUUUUGCUUUGGGUGCACCCUGAACGACCAUCAGCCCACCCCUUGCACAUUAGUCAAGAUGUGGUUACAAAAGUGUGAGGACGACUCCGAGACGGCCAACUGGAUUUCCGCCAACACCAAGGAAUGUCCUAAAUGUCAGUCCACGAUCGAGAAGAACGGCGGCUGUAACCAUAUGACAUGUCGCAAGUGCAAGCACGAGUUCUGCUGGAUGUGCAUGGGUCUCUGGUCCGAGCACGGCACCAGCUGGUACAACUGCAACCGAUAUGAAGAAAAGUCCGGCUCCGAUGCGCGCGGGGCGCAGGCCAAAUCGCGCGCCUCGUUGGAACGGUACCUGCACUACUACAACCGCUAUGCCAACCACGAACAAUCCGCCAAGCUGGAUAAGGACCUUUAUCUUAAAACCGAGAAGAAGAUGACAAGCCUUCAGUCCGCGUCUGGUCUGUCGUGGAUUGAAGUGCAGUUCCUCGACACGGCCUCGCAGGCACUCCAACAGUGUCGCCAGACGCUGAAGUGGACAUAUGCAUUUGCCUUCUACCUCGCACGCAACAAUCUCACGGAGAUCUUCGAGGAUAAUCAGAAGGACCUGGAGAUGGCAGUCGAGAGCCUGAGUGAGAUGUUUGAGAAACCGGUGCCUGAGCUGGCGGAACUCAAGGUGGAUAUAUUGGAUAAGACGGCCUAUUGCAACAAGCGCCGGGUCAUUCUGCUGAGUGAUACUGCUGACAAUUUAAAGAACGGAGAAUGGUCGUUCAACGUCGAGUGGUGA